AUGCCGAUUAAGAACAGUGAAGGGGCCAUUUAUUGUUACCGAGCUACCGUCGCCGCACAGCCAUCUUUGAACCUCAGGUGGACGAAGGCAAAAAUGUCGCACAGGAAGUUCGAGCAUCCCAGACACGGUUCCCUUGGGUUUCUUCCCAGGAAGCGUGCUGCUCGCCACAGAGGCAAAGUGAAAGCUUUCCCCAAGGACGACCCAACCAAACCUUGCAAGCUUACAGCUUUCUUGGGUUACAAAGCUGGCAUGACCCACAUUGUCAGAGAUGUCGAAAAGCCUGGAUCAAAGCUCCACAAGAAAGAGACAUGUGAAGCAGUGACAAUCAUUGAGACACCUCCCAUGGUGGUUGUUGGAGUUGUUGCCUAUGUCAAAACCCCUCGUGGCCUCCGUUCUUUGAACACUGUUUGGGCACAACAUCUCAGUGAAGACAUCAAAAGAAGGUUCUACAAGAACUGGUGCAAAUCCAAGAAGAAAGCAUUCGCCAAAUACUCCAAGAAAUUCGAAUCCGAUGAGGGCAAAAAAGACAUUCAAUCCCAAUUGGAAAAAAUGAAAAAAUACGGAACUGUCAUUCGUGUCCUAGCUCACACCCAGAUAAGGAAAAUGAAGGGAUUGAAGCAGAAGAAAGCGCAUUUGAUGGAGAUUCAAGUGAAUGGAGGAACAAUUGCUCAAAAAGUUGAUUUUGCUUAUGGGUUUUUUGAGAAACAGAUUCCAAUUGAUGCUGUUUUCCAGAAAGAUGAAAUGAUUGACAUUAUUGGUGUGACAAAGGGUAAAGGUUAUGAAGGUGUGGUGACACGUUGGGGUGUGACUAGGCUGCCACGUAAGACCCACAGAGGUCUACGUAAGGUGGCGUGUAUCGGAGCGUGGCAUCCUGCCAGGGUGUCAUUCACUGUUGCAAGAGCUGGUCAGAAUGGGUAUCAUCACAGGACUGAAAUGAAUAAGAAGAUUUACAAACUUGGAAAGACUGGACUCGAGUCUCACACUGCACUCACUGAGUUUGACAGGACUGAGAAGGAUAUAACACCAAUGGGUGGGUUUCCUCAUUAUGGUGUGGUGAAGGAUGAUUAUUUGUUGAUUAAAGGGUGUUGUGUGGGGCCCAAGAAGAGGGUGGUGACUUUGAGACAGUCGUUGCUUGCUCAGACCUCCAGGCUGGCGCUUGAGGAGAUUAAGCUCAAGUUUAUUGACACGUCAUCCAAAUUUGGGCAUGGUCGUUUCCAGACUACACAGGAGAAGCUUAAGUUCUACAAUCGCAUGAAGGCUUGAAGAAUUUUGAGGUUUUGAAAUAUGAUGGAUCAUGAAAUGUUGGUUUCUUUUGUUUUCUGGUUAUGUUUUGAAUUCUGAAAAGAAAGACCAGUUUUGGUUUGAGUUUUGUUUACUUGAGACGUUUGAAUUUGUAAACGUUUUUUGGUUAAUUUCAGGAUCUUUAUUUUACAAUUCAGGU